AUGGGUUUUGGAACAUGGGCUUGGGGCAACCAGCUGCUCUGGGGCUACCAGGAAAGCAUGGAUAGUGAACUGCAGGAGUGUUUCAAUUUGGCUCUGAAGAAUGGCAUAAACCUUUUCGACACCGCCGACUCUUAUGGAACUGGGAAGUUGAAUGGCCAAAGCGAAAGGCUGCUCGGAAAAUUUAUCCGCGAGUGCCAAGGGCCAAUAAAGUCUCCAGAUGAUGUGAUUAUCGCAACUAAGUUUGCUGCGUAUCCUUGGCGACUAACGUCAGGCCAGUUUGUCAACGCCUGCAAGUCAUCAUUAGAAAGGUUACAGAUCGAUCGGCUCGGAAUAGGGCAGCUGCAUUGGUCUACUGCUAACUAUGCACCUCUGCAGGAGCGCGCUCUCUGGGACGGUCUAGUUGAAAUGUAUGACAAGUGCACACGCCAUGCUAUGUUUCCUAUCAUUCAUUUGACUGGAAGUUUGUGGCGUUUUCAGGGUCUUGUCCGAGCCGUGGGUGUGAGCAAUUAUGGGCCGAAGCAGCUUGUGAAGAUCCACAGCUACCUAGCAUCCAGAGGUGUCCCCCUGAGCUCAGCUCAGGUGCAGUUCUCGCUGCUGAGCAUGGGCGAUGAGCAGAUGGAGCUGAAAACCGUGUGCGAUUCCCUGGGUGUUCAGCUAAUCGCUUAUAGCCCUCUUGGGUUGGGCAUGCUCACCGGGAAAUAUGACGCCUCUAACCUUCCAAAUGGGCCAAGAUCUGUGUUGUUCCGGCAGAUUCUUCCUGGGCUGGAAUCCCUGCUGUCUUGCUUGAAGAGUAUUGCCGACCGAAAGGGCAAAACCAUGUCCCAGGAGCUUUAUUAA